AUGGCGGUGGAGACGCGGCCGGAGCUGGUGGGGAAGCGGUUCCUGUGCGUCGGCGGCGGCGAGGAGCCGCCGGAGAGCGGGCGCUGGCGGGCCGGGGUCAUCCGCGCCGUGUCGCAGCGGGACUCGCACAGCGCCGAGCUCGCGGUAUACGUGGAAUUUGAUGACCUUGAAUGGGAAAAACGAGAAUGGGUUAAAGUUUAUGAAGAUUUUGCAACGUUCUUGGUGGAGUACCAGCUGGUCUGGGCGAAACGAAAGGACCCAAGCCAGACUCAGGGAUCAAAGAGCAAACAAAUUCAAUGGCCUGCAUUGACAUUCAAGCCCUUGGUUGGAAAAAGUGUGUACAAUGCAGUUACUGCAGUAGAAUUCCUUGUGGACAAGCAGCUGGAUUUUAUAACUGAAGAUAGUGCCUUUCAGCCCUAUCAGGACGACGUAGACAGUCUAAACCCAGUUCUCAGGGAUAACCCGCAGUUACAUGAGGAGGUAAAAGCCUGGGUAAAGGAGCAAAAGGUUCAGGAGAUUUUUAUGCAAGGUCCGUACUCCUUAAAUGGUUAUAGGGUGAGAGUAUACAGACAGGAUUCUGCCACCCAGUGGUUUACUGGUAUAAUUACUCAUCAUGAUCUCUUCACUCGCACUAUGGUUGUUAUGAAUGACCAGGUGUUAGAACCUCAAAAUGUUGAUCCUUCUAUGGUUCAGAUGACCUUUCUAGAUGAUGUCGUUCACUCUUUGUUGAAAGGUGAAAAUAUUGGCAUCACUUCACGCCGAAGGUCUCGUUCCAACCAGAACAGCAACACAGUUCAUGGUCAUUUUACACGUGCGCAAGCAAAUAGUCCCAGGCCAGCAAUGAAUCCCCAAAGUGCAGCACCCAAACAGCCUUCCCAGCAGCAGCAGCAGCAGCAGCCGCCGCAGCCGCAGCGCAGUACUCGGCCGAACAAAAGGAAAGGCUCCGACAGCAGCGCGCCUGACGAGGAGAAGAUGAAGGAAGAGAGAUACGAUUACAUUGGGCGAGGAGAACACCCCAAAGCCAAAAAUAAACACUUCCUUAGUAAAAGAAGAAAACCUGAAGAGGAUGAAAAGAAAUUAAACAUGAAGAGACUGCGGACGGACAAUAUCUCAGAUUAUUCUGAGAGCAGCGACUCGGAAAUCUCAAAUAAAAGAUUAACAGAUUCGUCCUCAGAGCAAAAUUCGGAAAAUGAGUUAAAAGGCAAGAACACUUCAAAGAUAAAUGGAGAGGAGGGAAAAUCCCAAACUAUUGAGGAAUUACAGGAGCAGACACUACCAGAUAGGCAGUCUCCAUGGCGUGAAAUACAGGAGGAUAAAAAACGUGAAGAGACAGAAAGACUGAAGUCAUCUGUCUUAGAUCAGCAGGAACAGUCUUCACUCCAUGCAGCAGAGCAGCCAACACCUUAUGAGCAGAAUGCCAAGGAUCCACAUGUGCAAGAGUGCAGCGCAGAAAAACAUCAUACUGUGGAAUUAAAAAAUGAGCAGUUUGUACCCAGACCUCCUACUCCAAAAUGUGGUGUUGAUAUAACUAAUGUAAACAGCUCUGAGAAGGAGAGCCAGGAUACUGCUGCAAGUACCUUUGGUUUGCAGACGGUUCAGAAAACUGAAUCUCAGAGCAGUGAUUUAAAACAGCAGUUUGCAAAUGCAAAUUUCCUUGAAACAAGAAAACAGGAAACUGAUCAAAGUUGGGUGAGCAAUGUUGUUAACAAGACGAGUUUGAUACAACCUGGGGUUGUGAAAAACUUACCAGUAACAGAACAUUUGAAUCCUGAAAAAGAGAAAGUGCCGCAUGGCUCAUUUAUACCUUCGUUAAAUGUAGCUUCUUUAGCAGAAGAAAGUAAACUGCGUAAGCAAAGUCCAGUCCCUGAUUCUGUGAAGUCAAAACCUAGUGCUUCAGUUGAUCAUCCUAAAACAAAGUCACCUGAUGUUAAGCCUAAAUUCACCCAAUCUUCUGAUACUGUGAAGUCUAAGGUUAGUUCCCAAAACAGCCAUGCCACAGGAUUAACAAGGUCAGCCAAUAAAAGCGAGCAUGAUUUGCCAAGGUCUAGUUUCCAUCCAGUUCCAGCUAGAGUUAGUGCUCUAGAAACUACUAAAAGUCCUCUUAUCAUUGACAAGAACGAACAUUUCACGGUGUACAGGGACCCCACUCUGAUUGGACAAGAAGCAGGAGCUAAUCACAUUUCACCUUAUUUGCAUCAGCAUAAUUAUCCGCUGCAUUCCUCAUCCCACCGAACCUGUUUAAAUCCGAGCGCUCAUCAUCCUGCAUUAUCUGGUUCAUCCCAUCUGUUAUCUGGGUCUUCCACUCAGACUCCGCUGUCCGCUAUUAACACUCAUCCUCUUAGUACCGCAUCUCACCCUUCUGUUCAUCACCCCCAUCUACUUCCUGCAGUGUUACCCGGAGUGCCUGCCGCCUCCUUGCUGGGUGGCCACCCGCGCCUAGAGACUGCUCACGCUAGCAGCCUAAGCCAUUUGGCAUUGGCACACCAGCAGCAGCAGCAGAUGUUACAACACCAGUCUCCACAUCUUCUUGGACAAGCUCAUCCUUCUGCUUCCUAUAAUCAGCUAGGGCUUUAUCCAAUUAUUUGGCAGUACCCAAAUGGAACACAUGCUUACUCAGGACUCGGUCUGCCCUCCUCGAAAUGGGUCCACCCUGAAACUCCUGUUAACGCAGAGGCUUCCUUGAGAAGGAACACSCCGAGCCCGUGGCUGCACCAGCCCGCACCGGUGACCUCGGCCGAUGGCCUCGGGUUACUGAGUCACAUUCCUGUGAGACCGUCCAGCGCAGAUCCGCUGCGGCCUCUCAAGCUGACGACGCACUCGAGCCCGCCCCUGCCCAAGAGCAUGGCCGAGCAUCACAAGGAAGAACUGGAGAGGAAGGCGUUCAUUGAACCUUUACGCUCUGUUACAACCGCGCCCAUAAAGACGGAGCUGGAGCCGAGCAGGGCGCAGGCGGCCAAGGAGAGCCACAUGCACAGACAUUUCACAGAUCCCUUGCUGAGCCAGCUGCCCAGGGCUCCACCGGAGACCGGUGAGCGGCUGAGCAAGUACAAGGAAGAACACAGGCGAAUACUCCAGGAAAGCAUCGAGGUUGCUCCUUUUACCGCUAAAAUGAAGGCACUGGAGGGGGAGAGAGAGAACUAUUCCAGGGUAACGUCCUUAUCUUCAAGUCCCAAAAGCCAUUCAGUAAAAUAUGACAAAGAUGCAGAGCGUUCUGUAUCAGAACUGUACAAAAUGAAGCACUCGGUUCCKCCGAGUUUGCCACAGAGUAACUAUUUCACCACCCUGUCUAAUAGUGUCGUAAACGAACCACCAAGAUCCUACCCGUCCAAGGAAGCUUCUAACGCCUAUGUUGAUAAGCAGACUAAUUGUCCCUCGACUGCAGCGAGUCCCCAGGCUCUCCCUUCGUACAUCUCCUCUCUUUCCAAACCUCCCCCUUUAAUAAAGCACCAACCGGAGGGCGAAGGCUCUGCAAGCAAGGCAGCUGAGCAGCUUUCGCAGUCAGUGCAGUCUCACUCGGUGGCUUCUUUUAGGAGCGACAGCAGGAGCCCAACUCAGCUGUCAGUGUCAUCUUCAAACACACUCCGCAGUAUGCCAGCCUUGCACAGAGCCCCCGUGUUCCACCCCCCGGUUCACCAGAACCUGGAGAAGAAGGAAAGCAGCUACAGCAGCCUGUCCCCUCCCACUCUAACUCCUGUUCAACCUGUUAAUGCUGGUGGCAGCAAAAUCCAGGAAUUACAAAAGCCUCCCACUUUAGUACCUGAACCCAAGGAAGCUCAGACAGUUUACAAGGGUGUUUCUGAGCAAAAUUUGUCAGAAAUGUGGAAGGCUAACAACGCCCCAAACAGUGAAAAAGUGGACUGGCACGCCGAAAGAACGAGUGGAAAGUCGCAGUCGGCGACAGCGUCUGUUAUUGUGCGUCCCCCUUCCCGCACGAAACACGAGAGCGCAGCAGUGAUGCAGCCACCGGCCAAAGAGCGAGCUAGCGAGCGAGCUUCAGCUGUGACAAAUCAAACAGAUUGCCCGAAAACAGCGGAAGCCAGAGAGACGGGGAGAGUCAUUCUGCCAAAUAUGAACUCAGACGGCGCUCGCACACACUAUGAGAAGAAGUUUCCAGCUGUCUCGCAAGGCAGCCUUGCUAGCGCUGUCGCCCCCGCCACGGCCAUGACCUGCAGCACCAAAACGGACGUAACGGCCUCGGCGGCCACCACUACGAGCGUGUCGAGCUGGGGCGCUUCCCAAGUGACCUGCUCGUCAUCGAGCGCGGCUGGGGCCUGCGCGCCGCCCGAGGGCGCGAGAGCCAGGACUGCCACGGCCGCGCCGGGCAGCGCCAAGGGCGCCGGCGCCGCGCAGCCCUUCUGCCCCUCCGYCGACUUCGUCCACUUGAAGAAGCACAAGGCGGCGCUGGCCGCGGCGCAGUUCAGGAGUAGCAACGCCAGCGAGGCCGAGGCCAGUGCUGCCAAAAGCCAGACAACUUCAGCCUCGCUCUCCGGGGACGCUGCUAUCGUCUGUAAUACAAUAAACAAAGCAAACUCUGUAGGCAGCGGGCAGACUGCCCAGACGAGUCAGCCAAACUACCACACUAAACUGAAAAAGGCUUGGCUAACAAGACAUUCAGAGGAAGAUAAAAACACUAAUAAAAAAGAGAAUUCAGGGAACAGUGUUUCAGAAAUUAUUAAGCCAUGUACUGUCAAUUUAAUAGCUUCUACAUCAAAUGAUUUGCAAAAUAACAUAGAUAGUAAAAUCCUGGCAGAGAAGUUUGUGAAAGAAGAUAAGCACCCUAGGAGAAAAGCAAAAAGAACUUAYGAGUCUGGCUCUGAAAGCGGAGACUCCGAUGAAAGCGAGAGCAAGUCAGAGCAAAGGACUAAACGGCAGCCCAAGCCGACUUACAAAAAGAAACAAAACGAUUUGCAGAAAAAAAAGGGCGAUGCAGAGGAAGAAGUAAAACCGAAUGGUGUUCUUAGCAGGAGCGCCAAGGAAAAAAGCAAGCUGAAGUUACAGAGCAGCAGUACUGGCACUGGCAUACCUCGCUCAGUAUUAAAAGAYUGGCGCAAAGUAAAGAAGCUGAAGCAAACAGGAGAGUCCUUUUUGCAGGAUGAUUCUUGCUCUGAAAUAGGACCGAAUUUGCAAAAAUGCAGAGAAUGUAGGUUAAUAAGAAGUAAGAAAGGUGAAGAAUCGACUCACUCACCAGUAUUUUGUAGAUUUUACUACUUUCGACGGUUGUCAUUCAGUAAGAACGGAGUGGUUAGGAUAGAUGGUUUCUCCUCUCCUGAUCAAUAUGAUGAUGAAGCACUGAGUUUAUGGACACAUGAAAACUAUGAAGAUGAUGAACUGGACCUAGAAACUUCUAAGUACAUUUUAGAUAUGAUAGGCGAUAAGUUCUGUCAGUUAGUAACAUCUGAGAAAACAGCCAUGUCCUGGGUGAAGAAAGACGCCAAAAUCGCAUGGAAGAGAGCAGUGAGAGGAGUCCGUGARAUGUGUGAUGCAUGCGAAGCCACAUUAUUUAACAUUCACUGGGUCUGCCAAAAAUGUGGAUUCGUGGUCUGCCUGGAUUGUUAUAAGGCAAAGGAAAGGAAAAGCUCGAGAGACAAGGAGCUCUAUGCCUGGAUGAAGUGUGUGAAGGGGCAGCCUCAUGAUCACAAACACUUGAUGCCAACUCAGAUUAUUCCUGGCUCUGUUUUGACAGAUCUUCUAGAUGCAAUGCAUAAUAUUAGAGAAAAAUUUGAAAUUAAAUCCCAUUGUCAGUGUACCGCCAAACAGAGCAUGCAAGCUGGCAAGCUCCCUGCAGUGAAUGGCGUAUCUCAGGUCUUACAGAAUGUCCUCAAUCACAGUAAUAAAAUCUCCCUGUGUAUGCCUGAGUCUCAGCAGCAGAGCUCCCCACCAAAGUCCGAGGCCAACGGCAACUCCAGCCCGAGGAGCGACGCGAGCACGGACAGCAAGCUCACCCCGCCGGAGUCGCAGUCGCCGCUGCACUGGUUAGCUGAUCUGGCUGAGCAGAAAGCCAGAGAAGAAAAGAAAGAGAAUAAAGAGUGUCCUUCUGGAAAACAUUCAAAGGAAGAAAAAGAUCAGGAUAAUUUAGAGUCCCCAAACUGUAAAUCCUCCCCUCCUGCGUCCCAGAACAAUGAGCAGGGCUCAACCUUACGAGAUUUACUAACUACAACAGCAGGCAAACUACGCCUCGGUUCUACAGAUGCGGGUAUUGCUUUUGCUCCAGUUUACUCCACAGGAACACCCAGUGGGAAAAGCGGAAGGACCAUGCCAAACAUUCUUGAUGACAUAAUUGCUUCAGUGGUAGAAAACAAGAUUCCACCAAACAGGACACCAAAGAUGAAUGUAAAAUCUGAAAUAAAAGAUGAGCCAAAGGAGGAUAGAAAGUGUAUUCUAGAUGACAGCACUAAAUUGUACAAUGAUAUUCAGUAUUCUUGGAUCUGUGAUAAGCACGUGCUGUGGCUCAGAGACCAUAAAAACAGCAACAACUGGAAGCUCUUCAAAGAGUGCUGGAAACAAGGGAGGCCUGUAUUAGUGUCCGGCAUGCAUAAGAAAAUGAACUUCAGCUUGUGGAAAGCAGAGUCAAUUAGUCUGGAUUUUGGAAACCAGCAAGCUGAUAUCUUGAAUUGCAAAGACAGCAUUAUUUCAAACGCCAAUGUCAAGGAGUUCUGGGAUGGUUUUGAAGAUGUUUCAAAACGGCAGAAAAUAAAAAAUGGGGAAACAGCUCUACUAAAAUUGAAAGAUUGGCCUUCUGGUGAAGAUUUCAAGGCUAUGAUGCCAGCAAGAUAUGAAGACUUAUUAAAAAGCUUACCUUUGCCCGAGUAUUGCAGUCCAGAAGGAAAAUUAAACUUGGCCUCUCAUCUGCCAGGAUUUUUUGUCCGUCCGGAUUUGGGACCCAGACUUUGCAGUGCCUACGGUGUGGCUGCUACUAAAGAUCAUGAUAUAGGAACUACAAAUCUCCAUGUUGAAGUUUCCGAUGUAGUGAACAUCCUUGUUUACGUUGGCAUAGCAAAAGGAAACGGAGUCCUUUCCAAAUCAGGAGUAUUGAAGAAGUUUGAAGAAGAAGAUUUGGAUGAUCUUUUAAGGAAGAGAUUGAAAGAUUCAAGUGAAUUACCUGGUGCUUUGUGGCACAUUUAUGCUGGCAAAGAUGCUGACAAGAUAAGGGAGUUUCUGCAAAAGAUAGCAAAGGAACAAGGCCUAGAAGUUCUACCAGAGCAUGAUCCAAUACGUGAUCAGAGUUGGUAUGUGAACAAAAAACUCCGCCAAAGACUCUUUGAAGAAUAUGGAGUAAAAACCUGUACGGUUAUUCAGUUUCUUGGUGAUGCGAUUAUUCUACCAGCAGGAGCACUUCAUCAGGUGCAGAAUUUUCACAGCUGUGUUCACGUAACCGAAGACUUUGUGUCUCCCGAACACCUCGUACAGUCAUUCCACCUGACGCAGGAACUGAGGCUGUCGAAGGAGGAGAUCAAUUACGAUGAUAAACUGCAGGUUAAAAAUAUCUUGUAUCACGCGGUUAAAGAAAUGGUGAGAGCUUUGAAGAUUCAUGAAAGUGAAAUGGAGGACAUGGAAGAAAGCUAAGUGCUCUCAACCUUUCUGUGUGACCAUCAAGUGGAGGUUAUUUUUCUAAUAUAUGAGCAGUAUGCACACUAAUUUAAGCUUCACAAACCAUCAGUGCCAAGAGAAUAGUCAUCGUAUUUACUUGUUAAUGACACUGCAACGGUAGAGCUUCAUAUCACAGCCACUGUGAUUACAUGUUAGACUUUAACAAACAAGCAGCCUUCUGCUGUCUCCUGUAUUAUAAUGUAUAUGAAGUUUGUGAAAUGUCAAAGAUUUAAGAUGAUGUAUUUAUUUUUGGAAAAAAAAACACAAAAUUCUAUGCUAUAUUGUUGAUCAAAUGUAAAUGUGACUUGUACAGUUUGCUAAACUAAUUCAGAUAUUUUUCACUACAUUGAGACAGUUACUGUGAGAGUAGGACACAAACACCAGCUAUUGCCUGCAUUUGGGAUCUUGCUGAGUCCGCACAGCAGUCAUGUCAUAAUCUGAAAAUUACUGCCAAAUAAUUGUAAACUUUGUAAAAUAUAAAGUAUAUAAAGUAGAUAUUAAAUACAGACACUUCAGUAUUUUAUUGAAGCUAUUCAGUGUACAAUUAAACGUUUUCAAAAGGUGUAAUUUAUUUAAAAAUUGUCUCAUUUUGGUAAAAUU